AUGCUUGAGGCUUCUCAGGUUGUCGAUGCAGCCAUCGCCGCCUUGGGAUCUGCGCUGGGCGUGGACCCCUCGGCUGUGGAGGUUCAGGUGACACAGUCGGCACGACGCCUUGCGCAAGCAAAGAAAGCUACCGGCCGCCGACUUGCCAUUUCCUGGUCUGUGGUUUACCAGGUCCUCGUGUCUGCCGAUGCUGCUGCAUCCGUGUCCGAGGCUGCACGGGCCCAGCGUGCGGACCUGGGUGCGUUCCGAGCGAUCCUGGCCCCAGAGCUGGAAGCCGUCGGGGUGAGCACGUCCUCCGUGUUGUCUUUGGCAGUCUUGGACUUUGCCGAAAUCUCCGUGGAGAUAACAGAGCUGGAUGUGGCCCUGGCAAUGCUGAACACAACCUCAGAUCCAGACCCCGCUGCUGAGGACUCUGACAUGGAUGGCUUGGACAACUUGUCACUUCAAGAGCGCAGGCUUUCAACCAUCACUGGCACGAGAUCUCUAGCACUUGGUUGGUUCCGGGAGUUCUUUGCCACGACUUUGCUGGGUGAUGAUAACGUCACCGUGCCCCCGGAGACGUCCAUCGGAAACUACACGCACUUUCUGGUCUACACAGCUUCCAGUCUCGUAGAGCAGACCACCCCUGCUGCGCUGGAAUUGGCAGACGAGUCCGCGAGCGUCUCCAACGUGACCUUUGUCGAUCUGGAUCUCGAUGCCACCGACGUGGGAGGGACCAUCGUGUGGGAUCCUCCAGAAAGCCGAGAGCGGGUGCAAGAUUAUUUGGUUUAUUUCGGAGAGGACCGCCUGGGAUUGGCGAAAUCCCAGCUGCAUCAGGCCCUCCCGAAGGGAAUAAACAUGCUGCCGCUCUUGCCGGAUACGCCAAAGCUGAAUUACAGUCAUGUGCUGGUGUACACACGUUCGACGCUUGUGGAACAGACGACUCCGGCCUCCAGCAGAUUGCUUGACGAAGCACCUGUUGUGCGAAACAUUCGCUUUCCGGACUUGGAUUUAGAUGCGGCAGACCUUGGUGGAGAGCUUUCCUGGUCCACAAGCGAUGAGGCACUGGUAGAGGCUUAUAUGGUGUACCUUGCAGGACCUGCGAACGGAGCACUUUGCGACCGGGUCAGCGUCGGAGACGAGCUGUGCCGCUACUUCCUUACUAACGCAUCAGCUCCCGAAUCUCAGCUCGACAUAGCACCGGAGACGCCUCUGGCCAACAGUGGCCUUGUGCUCAUCUACUUGAAAUCCUCCCUCGCAGAGCAGACCACUCCCUUUGGGCAAGAAAUCAACGACACCAUCGCCAGUGUCUCUCAGGUGUCUUUCGACGAUCUAGACCUUGACUUGGAGCAAUUUGGUGGUAUCAUCUCGUGGACGGAGCCACCAGAACCUGAGCCAGUAGAGGGAUACUGGCUCUACUUCAAGGAUGCAUACAGCCGCUCCCAACUUUCAGUGCUGUCACCAGGAAUCGACUCUUUCUCGUUACCUGCAGAGACAAGCUACGGAGGAGGACAGAUUGCAAUUUACACCAAGUCGAGCCUUGUGGAGCAAACAACCCCUGUGGCUGUGAACCUCUCGGACACCAUCGCCAUUGUAGGGAACGCCUCUUUCCCCGACUUCGACUUGGACAGGGGCGACAUCGGAGGCUUGUUCUCCUGGGAGCCACCAUCAGACACGUUCCAAGUCACACACUACGUGGUUUACAUGGCCAGACAUCACGACAACGAGUCCGAAGAGUGCUACGAAGACGUGGUUCAGCUGGCGGCGAUCACCGGCAGCUUCACUUUCUCCGUACCGGCCACUCUCGAGCAGGUGGAACAUGCAGCGCGUCUAGCUGUGCUCGCAGCUUUGCCCGGAAUCGAUCCGAAGAACCUCGAAGUCACGGUCACGAGGACGAGUCGACGCCUCGCAAGCGAGCAGAGUAUGCGGCGCCUCUCCAGCUUCUGGCAUGUCAGUUACGAAGCCGCCGUGUCCCUGGAGGCGGUUUUGACAACCUCCGCGGCGGCGGUGGCAUUGAGCUCGGCAUCUGCAUCCUUCGAGACAGUCAUGGCUGUGGCGCUGCAAGCUGCUGGGGUGUCCAGCCUGGUGACAAGCGCAAGCCUCUCUGUGCUGUCCUUCUCGCGGCUUUCGGUGGACACUGUGGACACGGCCCAAAUCCUUCAACGCUUUGCGACAGCAGCCGCAGCUGUCGCAGCCAACGCCAGCGGCGAGCCGGACAGUGACGAGGAUACGGAUGUAAUAUCCAACAUCUCCAGAAGGCUGUCUUCGGCUUUCGAAGUAUCCGAUGAAUCCGAUGGCCUUGUUCAGGACUCGGACGCAGUCCCACGGCAGCUGUCAGGUCGCAACACUGGACUCUUCUCCUUGAGUCUUAGCUGGUGUCGCAAGUUUGUUGGGAGUACGCUAGAGGGCGACACAGCACUCACAAUUCCUCCAGAAACGCGACUCGCAAACUGGACACACUACCUAGUGUAUGCUGCCUCCAGCCUAGCAGAGCAAAGCUUUCCAAGAGCGCUGCAGAUUGCGGAUGAAGACUCCAGUGUUUCCUCGGUGUCGUUUUUAGGACAGGACCUUGACUUUUACGAUUUGGGUGGACGCUUGUCUUGGGAGCCGCCGAACUCCACUGAUCGUUUGGCGGCCUACCGCAUCUACCUCGCCGAGAGCGCCUCAGGUUUCGGCCGAUCGCAAGUGGGUCCCACGGAGCUGGCUCCGGAGAUUCUCUUCUACGAUGUGCCGGCCAACACACGGAGAGAGAACUUCACCCAUUUCACCGUCUUCACGAAGUCGCUCCUCGUGGAGCAGACGACGCCUGCAUUCCUGGCCAUUCAAGACGAGGCAUCCCGAGCCAACAAUGUAUCCUUCGUAGAUGACGAUCUCGACGAGGGGGAAAUCGGAGGAAAUCUUACGUGGCUUCCCGCUGAAGAUGACUCCGAGGUGGUGGACUACGUGGUCUACCUCGCGGAGGAUCGAUAUGGGACCAACCGGUCGCUGCUGGGAAAUGUCAGUCGAGAUGAGCUAAGCUUCUCGGUUCCGGACAACACUCAGCUGCUGAGCUUUACACACUUGUUGGUCUUUGGCCGGUCGCCUCUGGAAGAGCAAACGACUCCUUCCUCAGUGGUCAUUAUCGAAACGAUCGCCAGCGUGACAAACGUAUCCUUUACGGAUUUGGACUUGGACGCUGGUGAGCUUGGCGGCACGGUGUCUUUCGUGCCACCAACAUCGGCCGAACGUGUGGUGAGCUACGUAGCAUACCUCGCGACGAGCUUCGGCGACUCCGUAAGCUACCGGUCACAGCUGGGAUCAGACAUCGUGGUUGGUGUGGACUCGGAGAUCGCAGAGAUCCUCCCAGACACAGCUCUGGCCAACUUCAGUCAGGUCUUAGUUUACACCAAGUCCAGGCUUGCAGAGCAGACGACUCCCAGUGCCCUUGCCCUACAAGACAACAACGCCUCGGUGUCCUCCGUUCUUUUUAUCGAUUUGGACUUGGACCUCGGUGACAUCGGAGGACCUAGCUCAUGGCUGCCACCAUUGGACACCUCACUGGUGACACACUACGAGGUGUACUUCUCCAACAGCACAGUCGGCGAAUGGAGGGAGCACUAUGCUACGCUGCCAGUGGGAACAACACUGCUUCAGAUUCAUGCAGAGAAGAGCUUGAAGAGCGAUGAGGCAUACAUCUCUCACUUCUUGGUUUACACGAGGUCGGCCCUUGUGGAACAGUCGACGCCCAGCAUCCAUCGGAUCUCAGACGAGUUUGCUAGCGUUUCGAACAUUUCCUUCAAAGAUCUUGACUUGGAUCGUGAUGAGAUUGGUGGCUUGGUGUCCUGGGAGUCUCCAGACAAGCCAGAUCUUGUAGAAGGCUACCACCUGUACUUUGCCGACUCAGCAGAUGGUUUCUACCGGUCGCAAGUCGACGAAGGAGUGCCAGUCAACAUCACUGCGCUUGACAUCCUCUACGAUACCCCUCGCCAAAACUUCAGCUACCUUGCAAUCUACACAAGGUCCUCACUGGUCGAGCAGACAACUCCGGUUGCAGCAGCACUUUCGGAUACGUAUGCAACAGUGUCCAAUGUCACCUUCGCAGACUACGACUUGGAUGCUACCGAUAUCGGGGGGCCCUUGACAUGGGAUCCUCCGGGUGAUGUCUCCGCUGCUCAUCUGCAGACUCCCCUAAACCGUUUCGGAGCACCGCCUGGAUCCGCCUGUUCCAACGAGUCUUCCGAGACCACGGCGGAGAUAGAGGAG